AUUGACUCCUUGCACUUGUAUAGUGUUUGAGAAGUUUUACUUGGAUACUGCAACGCCGCAACAAAACGAUGUGCCUCAAGCUUGUAAUGUUGGUAGCCAUCUCUACUGCUCAACUCUGCUACGGAACAUCUGGAGACCUUGACUUCACAUUCAACGGAUUUAGCUCAGCCAAUCUCACCCUCGACGGAAUAGCUCAGAUCACUUCCGAUGGCUUACUGAGACUAACAAAUGAAACCAAUCAUCAGAUAGGCCGUGCCUUCUACCCCAUGCCUAUCAAUUUCAAGAACUCACCUAACGCCUCUGCUUUCUCCUUCUCCACCACCUUUGUCUGUGCUAUCGUGCCCCAGAUUCAGAGUUUGUACUAUGGCCUUACCUUUGCCAUUACACCACCAGGAGGCCUUCCUGGAGCAUUUCCAGACCCAUAUUUUGGCCUUUUCAAUGAAGCAAACUAUUAUGGCAAUGCUUCCAAUCAUGUAGUGGCAGUGGAGCUCGAUACCCUCCAGAAUCGUCAAUUUUAUGAUAUCGAUAACAACCAUGUAGGAAUUGAUAUCAACGGCUUGAGAUCAGCUUUAGCAAAACCAGCAGGGUACUAUCAGGGCAACCAAUUUCAUAACUUCAGUCUCGGCAGUGGGGAACCAAUACAAGUUUGGGUAGAAUAUGAUGGCAGAGCUAAGCAAAUGAAUGUCACUGUGGCUCCUCUCAGUGUGGGUAAACCAAGUAAGCCUCUUUUGUCUUUUCGCCGUGAUAUUUCUGUGGACGUACUAGAAACCGUGUCGGUUGGCUUCACAUCGGCCACUGGUUCAGCUGUAUCAACCCAAUAUGUUCUAGGAUGGAGCUUUAAAAUGAAUGGCAUUGCUCAAGAACUGGAUCCCUCUAAACUUCCAAAGCUUCCACGAGUGGGGCCUAAGAAAAAAUCAAGAUUUCUGGUGAUUGGGGUGCCUGUGAUUGCAAUAUUUUGUCUGGUUGUUAUUGUGUGUGGAGUGGGUUAUUAUGUAUUAAGGAAGAGGAAGUUUGCGGAGUUGCUUGAGGACUGGGAACUCGAGUAUGGGCCGCACAGGUUCAAUUACAAAGAAUUGUACUUUGCCACCAAGGGGUUUUCAGACAAACAAAUAUUGGGGGCAGGGGGGUUCGGCAAAGUUUAUAGAGGAGUGUUACCCAACUCAAAAACUGAGAUUGCUGUGAAGAAAAUUUACCACCAAUCUACACAUGGAAUGAGAUCCUUUAUUGCUGAAGUUGUUAGUUUGGGGCGGUUGUGUCAUAGGAAUUUAGUUCCUCUUCUUGGCUAUUGCAGACGUAAAAGAGAGUUGCUUUUGGUUUACGAGUACAUGCCAAAUGGAAGUCUUGAUAAGUAUUUGUUUGACAAUCCAAUACGCACUCUUGGUUGGAACCAAAGAUUUCAAGUCAUCAAAGGAGUGGCAUCAGCUCUAUUCUAUCUCCAUGAAGAGUGGGAGAAGGUGGUGGUUCACAGAGAUAUAAAGCCUAAUAACGUCUUACUAGAUAGUGAUUGGAAUGCAAGGCUUGGAGAUUUUGGUCUCGCUAGAUUGUAUGAUCAUGGAUCCGAUCCUCAAACUACACAUCUAGCAGGAACACAUGGCUACCUUGCCCCAGAAUAUAUUAGAACAUGCAAGGCCACAACCUCCUCUGAUAUGUUUGCUUUUGGAGUAUUCUUACUUGAAGUUGUAUGUGGCAGAAGGGCUAUAGAACAUAAAGCGCCCUAUGAGGUUCUUAUUUUGGUAGAGUGGGUGUUUUUGUUGUGGAACAGAGGCGAAAUAUUGCAGAUUAUUGAUCCUAAACUUGGUGAAGAUUAUAUUGUUGAAGAGGUAAACAUUGUCUUAAAACUUGGAUUGUUGUGUUGUUUAGUAGAUACCGAAUUUAGACCUAACAUUCAACAAAUUGUUCGAUACUUGGAAGGCUCUGUAGCUUUGCCAGAGCUAUCAUUGCUCACUCUCUCCACUGCCGGCUUGACUAUUUCUCGAAGUGAAGGCUUUGAUGAUUUUGUUGCAUCACUUUCAUAUUCUAAAGGGAAUAUAGACUCUCAUUGUUCUUCAAUCACAAACUCCGUCACUUAUGAUGGCCGUUGAUUACAAGGAUAGAUGAGGGAGUUUAAUACUUAAUUUGAUGUAAUACUAUCUUUGUUUGUAUAUAUAAAGGAAUAAUAUAUAGUU